CUCUCUCUUUCUCCUCGCAAGUGUAAGGUCAGAGACGCAAUACGGCACCGUUCAAAGAUUUGUAAAAAAUAAAGAGAGAAAAUGUAAAAGUCGUUGGCAUUUGAAUAAAGAAGCUAACUUUUCCUCAUAUACAACCUUUUCUUCUUUUUCAUUUCUUGGCUGAUGUUUUUAUUAGACAGACCCCAUUUUCAUAUAUUCAUUCAUUAAACUUUAUUUAUUCAUUUUUUUGUUAUUGGUAUAUAUCAUCACAAACCAUCAUCAACAAUCAAAACAGUUAGUUAUAUAUCAUAUAGUAUAAUAGAUGUCUUCUAAUACGAGCUACUACCGAUCGCCCUUCGGAGACACGACCUUCACAAAAGUGUUCGUCGGAGGCUUAGCAUGGGAAACUCCGACCGAGGAAAUGCGUCGUUACUUUGAGCAGUUCGGUGAGAUUCUCGAAGCAGUCAUCAUCACCGAUAAGGUCACCGGCAAAUCUAAAGGCUAUGGUUUCGUCACGUUUCGAGAGCCAGAGUCAGCGACGAGGGCAGUAGCCGAUCCAAAUCCUGUGAUCGAUGGAAGAAAGGCAAAUUGUAAUAUUGCGUCUUUUGGACAGCCCCGACCAUCGACGCCUCGAGGGAGAGGACAAGGAGGAAGCCCUAGUCGGUAUCAAGGAGGAGGACAAUCAGGCUAUUCCGGAAUGCCUGGUUCGCUGCAACAAGCUGCGACUGCCCAGCUCAUGUAUCCGUCCUACGGGUACACCUACAAUUCUGAAUAUGGGUACCACCAAGCAUUAUACAACACACAACUCCAACAAGCACAAGCACAAUACUACCAACAGCAAAUGUACGGCGGAGGAGAAACAUCACCAUCAUCUUCCAACAUCAUGCCUUCUCCUUACUAUUACCUCCAAGCUCCAAGCCCUAGACCAUAUUCUCAUCAGCAUUAUGCUCAUCAUAUUAACCAUCAGCAGCAACAGCAACAACGCUUAACUUCUGCUUCUUCUUACCUAAUCCACCCAUCCAAUUUCGGGGUUCCUACUACUUUCUCUAAUGCCCCUUCUUCCCAAGAGCCAAUAUCUUCUUCGACCGAAUCACAAGCACCACAUCAAGUGUCUGGAGGAGGAGAACUCGAUGUAACGGAUGCAACUGAAAGUACAACAACGGACAACAGAGAGUAGACAUCAUCUUCUUGAUCAACUGCGUCUCCAACUUGUACAAUCUUUUGACAUUUUUUACGCUCUCUUUCUCUUCAUCCAACAGAGAAAAAAGCUGAUUCGUUUAUUUUCUCAGCCAAAUCCAUGUAUGACUUACCA